AGCGACGACCGAUCUCCCUCAAGACCGUCAAGAAAAUCAAGCAUGAGCGGAAGCAAGCUCUCAGUGGCAAGCGUGCGGGGCUCCGUCCGGGAGCUACUCGCCGACGCGAACGGCGAGAAGCGCCGCAACUUCGUGGAGACGGUCGAGCUCCAGAUCGGUCUCAAGAACUACGACCCGCAGCGCGACAAGCGUUUCUCGGGUACCGUCAAGCUCCCCCAUGUCCCUCGCCCGCGCAUGUCGCUGUGCAUCCUGGCCGAUGCCGCCGACAUCGAUCGCGCGAAGCAGAUCGAGCUCGAGUACAUGUCCGUUGACGAUUUGAAGAAGCUUAACAAGAACAAGAAGCUUGUUAAGAAGCUCGCCAAGAAGUACGACGCUUUCCUGGCCUCUGAGGCUCUCAUCAAGCAGAUCCCGCGUCUCCUCGGCCCGGGUCUGUCGAAGGCCGGCAAGUUCCCUACCCCCGUCUCGCACGCCGAGGACUUGAGCAACAAGCUCACUGAGGUCCGCUCGACCAUCAAGUUCCAGCUGAAGAAGGUUCUCUGCCUCGGUGUCGCCGUCGGCCACGUCCAGAUGACUGAGGACCAGGUCCUCGGUAACAUCAUGCUGAGCAUCAACUUCUUGGUCUCCCUGCUCAAGAAGAACUGGCAAAACGUCAAGUCGCUGCACAUCAAGACGACCAUGGGCAAGCCCGUCCGCUUGUUCUAGGCGUUGUGCACCUUGAUGAACCUAUGGUUUGGACGGGGGUGCUGGGGAGGAGGAGAACGGGAGGAAGGGCCGCGACGGCUGCAAUGCACAACAUGAAGCCCCGCACGCUUGGACCAACAGUUCUAGGGGAGGGAACUGAUUGGGAGCUGAUGUGGUCGUCGUGCCGGCGAGGUGUCAUCGUGCAUCUCGCCGGAGGGCUAGGUGGAUGGCAAUAAUGUCCGCCUGGUCUUGUUCUUUUCCCUGUUCUCGAGCUGUUUAUGUUAUGUAGUACUAUGCACUAUGAGCCACAGCGCUAUAUGCCUCA